CCAUAAGGGAUCAUUACAGACCAGCCUAUGCCAUGAGGACUCAGAAGUCCUGCGGCCGGACAUCAGGCACACCUUCCCGUCAACGCCUGCCACGUUUCAGUCUUCACUCCAGGAGAAAGAAGGAAUGUGUAAUCCAGGGAAAGCUGCGUAUCCGUUCCGUGCCAGGUGCCUUUCUGGUUCUUGGGGUGGUGGUUGUUGUUGUUGGCACUGCACUUGCUGUGGCGGGCUACUGGCCAUACAGGGCUCAUCGAUCAUCAGUGGACACAGUAGAGGAAGGAUCCUCUGGAACCGCAUCAGGAUGGGGAAUAGCGUCCAAAGGACUGCUUUCUGCAGCAAGUCUGGUUCAUAGUGAAAGGAUGAAACUUCUAGGACCUGUCAUAAUGGGAGUGGGACUUUUCAUACUUAUUUGUGCCAAUACAGUACUCUAUGAGAAUAGGGACAGGGAAACUCAAAUGCUUCUGGCUCAGAUGCGGAGCGUCAUUUGUUCUGUUUCUGCAGCCAUGCCUUCGGCUGACCUCUUGCAGGUGAACUCUCUUGCCAGGCACUACCAGUGGGUCAGCAGUUUACCUGCAGCCCACCUAAACAUCCUCUGCCUGCAUGAAAUGUCCAGUUCGGAGCCUCUACUCCAAGUAAAGAGCAUGGAUGAGGAGGACAGCAUUCAGCAGCAAGAUGCAGUGCACACUGAGGUUCUUCAUCAUCAGGACUCUUCCUCUUCCCCCUCUAUUCAGUCCUCCGACUCUUGCAACAACAGCAAAGAGAUGUUUUGCACAGAGGAACAGGGGGCCACCUCUGCACUGGACCUGCGGCAAGAAAGUCACUUUGGACUCAGCAACUGUAUGACCACAUCCUCUCUGUCCACACUAGGUGGGGAGGACUGUGAGAUCUUCUCCAUCCCACCCAGACGCUCCUAUAGCAUGAGCCACAGGACUAAACCACAUAUACUACCCAGGGAUCUGGUUCAUCCAGAGUACAAGACUAUGUCUUCUAUGGGUCACCAUAGACUGCUUCCAGGACAAUCCAGCUCAGAGGUGUGUGUGAACAUGGUUGGAGUUGGCGUUACAACCCUUGACCUUAUACCUGUGAAAGAGCAGAGGCACCGCAGCUGGCCGCGGCUAGACCUCGGAAGUGCCAGGAGGUAUCUCAAGCUGGAGAACAAAGAGGACUCUGUGGACAAGUUACUGGACCAGCUUGAGCAGCAAUGCUUACAGAUGAACAAAAGCUAUGGCUCAGGUCCCUUCCAAUGAGCUGCAGUUUAAUAAUUACAUUAAUGGAUUGGCAGUUCCCAUGGUCAUUAGGAGGAAUAUUACUAAGUGACACACUUGGAAUAACUCAAAUUGGCAGUUUCCAGUGGAUAUUAUUUGCACAGUUUCUGGAAUCCCUUGAGGCCAACUAAUUUCUAAGACCUGGCCAUUUAUCUCACUUGACUAGUUUUUGUAACUAGUUUGUUUGGAGAUUUGCGGAGUAUGGAAAUGUCAAUUGAAAGAACAUUAACACCUGCAACAUGGUCCCUGCUGCCCUUGACGGUAUGGGAAUAUAAAUAUACGUACUGAAGGAAGCUAGGGAUGAAGGUAUUUUACAGUUAUGGGAAUGUGCUAAACAGUUUGUGAUGUCAGAUGAUUGGAUGGAUCCC